CUCUCUCGCACACUCGCACACACUCACAGUCUGACAUCACUCAGUACAAAGGGUGGAGUGAAAAAGCAUUGGAAUCAGUGUAAAGGGGAAGGGAAAUUCUCUGUUCAGACAGAAGGAGCAAUAGAGGAAAGCGGAGCCUGACUGUCAGCUGAGUCACAUCCACACAGGGAGUAAGUGACAGUCGGGCACAAGCCACACCAUUCCCAGUCGCUGAGCGGAAAGGGGAACACGAGGGGCUCUAGGGGGGCCACAGAAGCUUUGCCAGCCAUCUGGGAUACCCAGGACCAGAGUCUAAGCUCGAGCUGAAGGAUACGGCUGACAUGGAGGAGUAUGACUCUUUACUUGAGGAACUCACAGAGAACAUCACCAACGAAGACCUAGACCUUCUAAAGUCGGCCUGCAAAGAGGACAUCCCGAGCGAGAAGAGCGAUCAGAUUGCAUCCUGCCAGGAGUGGUUCCGCUUCUUGGAAAAACAUGAAAAACUGUCAAAAGACAACCUUUCUUACAUCGAACACAUCUUUGAGAUUUCCCGACGCCCCGACCUCCUCACCAUGGUCAUUGACUACAGGACCAAAGUCCUGAAGAUCUCAGCAGAGGAAGAACUUGACACAAAACUCACUCGGAUCCCCAGCGCCAAAAAGUAUAAAGAUAUUAUAAGGCAGCCUUCAGAAGAGGAGAUCAUCAAGCUGGCCCCACCUCCACCUCCAAAGAAAGCCUGAAAGAAGAUCAGAGAGAAGAAGACCCUCCAUCCUGUUGGUCUCCAUUGUUAUAUCUCACCUGUUCACUUUGGAUCUCCCUGCCCCUCCCCUGUGCACAUUCCUAUCAAGUGCAAGGUCGGAGCUCGGGGUGGGGCACAAGUAGAUCCAGGCUCAUCGAUGACCACUAACAAGAGUCCUAACCCCAUUGUGUGUGCUCUGUGUCUUGAAGUCUGUCCAAUCCCCCCCAACUUCUGAUGCGUUUCGUAAGCGUGCGUUUUAAUAGAAAUAUCUUUUUUUGUCUUAUUUUUGUGAGAUAAGAAGUGGCUUGAUACUAUUUUAUUAUUGAUUUUUGUGGUUUGGAGAUUUCUAUGCAAAUGGAAACUAAACCUUUCUAGACUUUUUCCCCCUUCACCUUGCCUCAGCUUCCUCUGUUUCCACCAUAGCAGACUGCAGAUGGAGCUAGAAGUAUGGUCACAGGCAAGGGAGGGAGGGGGCUUGGAUUUUGGCAUGAGGCUGUGUAUUUGUCUUUGAUGUUCAAUGAGGAGAUGGUGACUGGUUCUGAACUGGACAUUCCAACCCAGAUUGGGAGCUUCUGUCUCAUUUGAGUAGACACAUUAGAUCAGGAUAAUGGGGACAGUUGGUGCAUCAAGGUGACUAACUGUACUAAUAAGGGUGAAUUAGAAUAGUAAAUAGACCCUUCACAGGCUCUUCUAUGACAAACAUAAUCUAUCAAUAUAGUGCAGAGAUUUUGUGUAUUAUAGUUAUUAUAGGAGAGGACCUACUCUUAGGAACUCUAGCAUUAGUAGAUAAAUAUGUCUAUUGGGUACCCUCAAGAACAGAAGAAUGGUUGACUGGUCCAAGAAAUGUUAAGUGGGAUCUGGGAUACAGACGGGGGUGUUGGCAUAGGAGCAGACCCUGCAACUACUAUGGGGCCCAGUAGGACUCCAAAUGAUAAUCAGUUUUGGGAAUAAGAUAUCUUGGGAUAUGCAAUGUAUCAGUAUAGAAAAUAUGUUAUUUUUAGCCAUAUUAAUUUUUAGGGUUUACUUCUCCUUUAUAUAUACUCACAAUGUAUAUGGCCUAUAUGGAAUGGAGCUUACCAACCCAUUGGUACAUUGAGUGACUAUGCCACAAUAUUCCUCUUGUGAUUUGCUGAAUUAUUCAGAAUAUUACAUAGAAACAAAGCUAUUAAAUGCACCCAGACUGUACUGGAUCAAUACACGAAAGCACAUGGAAAAAUGUAAAGAUGAAGGAGCUCACCAAGAGCCAAUGUUAUGUACACCCUGGUAGUGGAGGGUUACAGUGAUUAAUGAUAAAUCAUAUGUAUAUAUAUAUAUAUAUAUAUAUAUAUAGAAAUGGAGUAGAUGGACUGAGUAAGUGAUAGAAGGAGUAAUAUAUAUUUGUGUUACAUGUGCGAGAGAGUAGGGCGCAUACUGGUGAUCAUACUGGAAUGCAACAUCCUAGAUAGAAAGAAGAAGUAUGAUAGUGUUAUGGGUUAGGGUCUCCUUAGAAAUAAAUGGCAACAGUAGUAAAUAAAGCUUGGUUUUGGGGUACAAUAAGGUUCUAAUUCCGACUGAUCUCUACACUUACGUUUCUGCUAACGGAUAGAAUUGUUGACUUGACUGGGAACGUGAGAGCAUUAGGUGUGUAUUUUAAUAUCACCUUCACUUAUUACAUUUCUAUACAAUUGAUAUUAAGGGGCAGAGCAGUUUAUAGAACAGAUGUCCGAUGGAAAGGUAUCUACACAAUAUGGCGGAGAUAUGGCCAUGAAGAUCCAUAGAGGAGAUAAAUGGUGGCAGGUAACAGUAGCCCACGUUAAUACCUGCCCUCCCGAACUCGUUCCUCUAGCAAAGCUCUGUUGAAAUGGGAUAUUAAGCUCAGAUUCCCCUGAACAUUUAAACUGUAAUAAAAAAAACAGGAGUGACAGUGUAAUCAAUCUCUUUUACAUAAGAAACAACAAACGAAAGGUCGAGGGAACACAGUAACUAGCAAUUCAAUUGGUCAGAAACAAAUUCAUGGAACCGCUGCAGUUUGAGUGCAUAUUUAUAGAUAUUUAUUUUUAUUUCUUCUGCAUUUACCAUACAGUUUUAAGAGUGAAACUGGGGUUUAUUCCCAGGAUCUCCUCUGCGCUCUACGGGGUUAGCAAAUGCUGAGGAACGGCUAUGGGUUCUAAGCUUAACUCCAAAUCUGGUAUGGAAAUUUCUUAUCCAUCUCUUGAUUUUGUUCAUAUGAGAAAGCAGGUUUCUGCCGUUGUGUAAUACCUCCUUGUAACAAGAAUAGCUUUACCUUGGCUAUAAUUGUCACUCAAGGCUAAAGCCCCAGAGAACAAAGGCUUGUGUAAUGUUCAGUUGAGAGCCGCUCACCUACUCUUCUUGGUUGUGUGUGUGUUACCACUCAAUUUGCCAAGGGCCGUAAGGAAAUAUGUGUUGUCGCUGCUUCUAUCAGAUUGCUGGGAAGGAGUGCAUGGUGUCAUUGUGUCCCCGUCUGUCUUUGUUGUAUCUUUAAUGAGGCCGACUCUACUGGGCGGUGGUGAGUUCUUUUGUCGUUGUGCUCUGUUAGGUUUCGCAAGCAAGAGGAGCUCAUUCUACACAUGCCCUAUAGCAAAAAUUUAAAUUGGUUCUUUGCAGGAUUUAUCACAUGCCCAUACUGUAUGUCGAAAUACCUGAAAGAAAUAAUACUCCUACAUGCGUUUAAUACUCCAACAAUUAAAGAACUAUCUUUAAGGGGGUGCAGGUGCCUGCAAACACAUCUGCAGAGCUGAAUACCCACCAUUAAUGAGAGCCUAAGGAGAUCAUUUGGUCAAUUAUUCAUUGGAUAUUCCAAUACCCAAUGAUUACAAGAUCAAGUUCAACCUGCUCUCCACCUACUUAACAUAAUAAUACUCCUACAUGCAUUUAAUACUAGGGGUAUACAAAAAUGAAAGAAAUAUCUUUAAGGGGGUGCAGAUGCCUGCAAACACCUCUGCAGAGCUGAAUACCCACCAUUAAUGAGAGCCCUAGAAGAUCCUUUGGUCAAUUAUUCAUUGGAUAUUUCAAUAGCCAAUGACAUUACAAGAUCAGGGUGUUCAACCUGCUAUCCACCUACUUAACAACAUUUAGGUUGGACACCACUUUGCGUCCUGCAUUUCCGAUCAUUGGAGCUGUUGUCCUGCUUGAAAGAAAGGUGUCCAUGCGCUCAUGUGGCUACUUGUGGUCUAUUUAUCCAUUUGGCCAGCAGUAUGAUUGAUCAGAUAUCAUGAAGGGUUGGCCAGUGAUGGUCAACGUUAUACCCCAACUGGCAAGUAUAGUGCAAUUGUUGCAUGGGGUGUGGUGGGGUGAGUUCUGAGCAGAUCAAGACCAUGUUCUAAUAUACAAAUUGGUGGACGCACCUUCAUAUCGAUGACCUCUUACACGUCCAUUAUAUGCCUUACAGUAUUGAUCAUCACCCCAAUAUCCCGAGUCGGAAUGACCAUUUUUCAAAACUCGACAUAUUUUUAUCAGCAACGUUGCAGAAACAGAUAUAUGUUUAUAUUUAUAUAACUAUUUAAACUGGGCGCACAAAUAAUUGGGACACGACUAAAUGUAAAAGAAUACAUUUCCGAUCGCUAUUUUUGAUAUAGAUCAGAAUAAUCUUACCGCAAUUAAAACCAGUUUGAUUUUUAUUUUAUUACAUUUGUUUUGCACCUAAUAAAAUCUAUAUUGGCGUAUACAUAUAUAUAUAUAUAUAUAAUAUUCUAAAACUCAACUGAAGUAUUUUAUUGUCCUUUUACUCAGGCUCAAGAAGAGAAUUUUGAAAUUUUUUAAGAAAGUGAUUUACUAAAAUGAAAAUUUUUAAAAAACCAUCUUAUAACUGUAAAUUUUUUUUCUAAUUUUUUCACCACAUUGACAAAAUUAUCUAGUCAGGGCCAAGCCAGCUAAGCUCCCUAGCAACACCCAUCUGGCUUCGUCGAUUCCCCCUCCACUGGUCACAUGCACAAGCGAGCGACCUCCCGGUGGCGUGAAAGAGGGCUCUUGCGAGUGCUCGGGGAGUAGGGGAUUGCUUAAAAUAAGAGGGAGCAAGUUCCCGGGCUAGGGGUAGGCUACAGAAGAGUUACAUGCCUGGCUUCCCCCCACACCAUUGCACCCUAGGCACCUACCUCUUCUGCCUACCCCUAGUUUUGACCCUGGAUAUAGUGUAUUAAAAUUGUAUUCUAUCAAAGUCUCCAAUAUUUAGGGAAAAUUUUAAAACAGAUUGCCUUUUAAAAAAUACACAUCCCAUUGCCUAAUCUUUUAACUGGAGUUUUUAAUCAAUGGAUAAAUCUCGAAAAUUGGGAGAAAAACUACUUCCAUAAUAUUUCAUGUUCAUGGCGAUGGCAGACCCCACAGUCACAGGGGGGCCUGGGAAAAAGGGGGGCCCAGUCUGCUUCCACUAUAGCCAACAAGAACCACCCCUUUCCCCAGCUGCUAUCUUACUUGCGGAGAGUGGGAGGAGUCUGGGAAGGGAAAGGCCGGAGCGCUUGGGGAAGUGGGUGGAGUUGGGCGGGAGGAUGGGCAUCAGAGUGAGCUGGGCCCCUCUGAAGAUUUUUUUUGCAGGGGAGCCUGGUGCACUCUAGUUAUGCCACUGGCAUAUUCCAGUAGGAAAAAACACAUUCCAUAGAGGUCCUACCAAACAGUUGGUGUCAUUCUUGUGCUCAAUUAUAUAACAUUGGCACCUAAAAGUGGCUUAAUUUUAAUGUUUUACUGUCCUUUUUCCAUAUUAUAUGGAGGAUCUCAGACAUAAUACACAAUCUCCAUUCCAUAUACCCACUAAGACAUAAGCCAGGUGUGUGAUUUAUUCAAAGAACAGGUUUAGCAUCAUUCUAACCCCCAUCUCGAUAUAUGGCAGGAAAUUGGUCCAAUCUCAUCUUCAGUUUUUGUGAAUAGUGCCUUCCUAGCCAAUAGACUGUAGACUAGUUCCCUUCAAGAGGGUCACCAGAAGUUUAAAAAAAAAUCGAAGUCUCAGUUGUUGGGACUCAAUGUCAUUUGUUUGGGUACCAAGGUCAUUUUGGGGAAUCUUCCUCACUCCUAAGUGGCCUAUGACACAUGUUGACAUAUGUAUCAACACUUAACGGAAGCCAAAUAAACCACUCAAGAGAUUACGUUUCUGUUAAACCACACAAACCCCAAAGCCUUAUACGAAUCUGACCUCCUCUUGUCUAUUUCAUUAAUUAUUAACUCACCACCAACAAACGCCAGUGACUUUCUCUUGAUAGAUUUACCACCACUCACACAAAACUGCUACAUAUUUGAUAUUAGAAGGUUUCAUAUUCCAACAAACUAAGGGAAAGGGAUCUCAGCGGGAAUUGCUUGCAAGAUUAAAUGCUCCACCAAUUGGUUAUAAGCCCUAACUAACCAGAAGAAGAUUAUUUUGUUGGCCAAAUGCAUUAGGGCAGAGACGCACGUGGAAAUUCGGGGAGAUUAGUCGUCUGGGACAAAUCUCCUCUUCUUCAGGCGACUAAUCUCCCCAAACUGCCUUCCUGCUGGCUAGAAUCUAAAUCGCCGGCGGGAUGGCACUCGGAACGCUUCGUUUUCCAAAUUCACCUGAAAUUUCCUCAUGAGGCAUCUUCUCGUCUGUCUCUGCCCUUAUGGACCUAAGAAAAAUCUUUAAUGCUCGAUCACCUUUAUCACUAAAGAAGACCACUCCAUCAAAUUUGUUCGUCAAUGACCUAAGGAGCAUUUUUGGAGCCCACUAUGUAGAGAUUGGUGGCUACAACGGAAAAUCCAGUAGGAUUCCAAUUGGUCACUUGAGUAGUAUUUAAUCCUAAAAACCCUUAAACAUUUUCCCAUGGUAGUCCACUAUGAGUGUGGUCAACUUAAAUUCUUUUGAUGGGUACAGGUCAAUACAAGCCAUAGGUUUAUGGCCACCUAAAGAGAGAAAUAAUAUGCUGUUUUUGAUCGGGAGCAUAUUUUGCCUUAGAGAUUAAAAUUUAUUUCAGUUCUAUCUAAAAAAUGGAAGAAAAUAUUGUUUUUCAGUAAAAAAAAACCACCUUCCAUGAAUCUCUCAAAAACUAGAAGUAUCUCUGUGAACCAGAGGGUCAUAAGCCAUUCUACAUGACAAAAUGCAUCUAUGCCCCCCAAAUCCAAGAAUUGGGUCAAUAUUCUGUUUGGUAGAAUGUUUACAAACCCCAAUUUGUAGAAAAACAAAAAAUACAUGACAUGCAUUGUGUUCAAAAUGGCGUCCGCUUGGAUGCCGACCAGUCAUUCCAACAAAGAUCUAUUUUGCAAGUGGCCUUUUAAUGUAUUCACUGCAAAUUUGGCUCUUUUUACAUCACGCCCACAUUUUAAUAUAAGUGCAACAAUGUGAUAAAUAUCUUUGCCUCUGGAAAAAGCCAUAUAGGAAAAAAACAAAAUGUACCUUAAAAGAGAGUUGGGGAAACCUUUGAUGCAAUUGCUAAUGUAGGCUUCCAGUUACCAUCAUGGCUGCCACAACUUAGCUGGGGUACCAAAAGCUGCACGUCCCUGCCUUAAAAUUCCAUCAACAAUCACCGAACCCUCCGAUGCAGCACAAAAAUAGGGGUUUUUAUGUCAACGCCCAACGUCAACGUUCGUGUUCUUGUUACCGUUUCCAUUUGCUCUUUCCCAGCAUACAGCGCUAAGACCGUGUUAACUGUGUGUACAUAUAUAUUAUAAAUAUAUGUAUAUUAAUUAUAAAAUGAAUUGUCCCUCUUGCUGUUACGUGUUAAUUUAUUGCCAAGCUAAACAAGACUUGAGACCAAGGAAUCCAUUUUGAUUUUCUAUAAUAAUUCAAAAAAAACAUAAAAAACAUUGAAAAAUUUAGAGAAAUAUCCAAAAAAAUAUAUACAAAAACGUAUAUUUGGAUAUUGGUGAAAUUAAACGAAAAUUAAAUUUUUGGUGCAGAAACAAAAAAAUCUAUCCCCUUGAUACCGAUUUUCUGUCGAUGACCAAUUCUUGUUCAAGAUGUUGAUAUCCAGCGGUACAACUAUUGUUCUUGGUAGGGAAUACGAGUGGCGCACCUUCCGCGGAUACAGCAAAUUGACUGGGCAAAGGACUGCGAGAGUGCGAGGCGGAGAAACGUGAAAAUGUGAAAGUAUUAUUUGGAAAUUUUAAUUUUGCACUGAACAUCAAGAGGUCUCUGUGUGCUCGAGUUUGCUAAAAAAAACUUUUUUUUUAAUAAAAAUACAUAUAUAUGAAUAUUGUUAGAAGCAAAUGAAUAGUAAUUCAGUCCCCAUGCUUUGCUUUUGCAUUCAACUUGAAAUGUAUAAAUAAAAACAAAAAAAAAAAAUUAAAUUGUUAAUUGUGCUAAUAAAGUUUACUGUAUGGAGCUUCA